UGCGCUGCAUCAUAUGAUUAUUCUGCACUGCCACUGCUAAUCAGCUGUUGAUGAUGCUUUAAUUUGCUUAUUCUUGUGUUUGCAUUUAUGAACGAAAUAGAAUAAUGGAAAAGCUAAUAAUUAAUUUAAUUUUUGAUCUGGACGAUAAAACAAGUGAUGCAAAAUUGUGCAAUCGACUAAAGAGAAAUAUAAUUAAAAAAAAAAGAAGAAAUUUAUUGCUAAAAAUUUUUCUGGAUAAGAAGAGGCGAAUUCCUAAAGUGCUGGAUUACUUUAAAGUUAUACAAAAGUAUCCUGAAGACAUAUUUUUUGAUCAUUUUCGAAUGAGACGUGAAACAUUUCAAAAUUUGCUACGCGAACUAAAGCCGUUCUGGUGUACAUUUAGAAAAGGACGUUUAUCUUUCAACUUGGAGCAAUGUUUGUAUAUUACGUUGUGGAAGUUAAGCAAUUGUGGGGUAACCUUUCGACAUUUAAGCGAUCGUUUUAAUGUAGCAAAAGGUUGUGUCGACGGUACACAUGUCAAAAUCCCAAAACCAAAAGAAGAUCCUAUAAGCUACUAUAAUAGGAAAGGAUUUUAUUCUAUUAAUGUGCAAGCCAUAUGCGACAACAAAUUUCGUUUCCUGGAUGUUUUUAUUGGGUAUCCUGGUAGUUGUCAUGACGCCAAUGUAUGGAAUAAUAGUCCAAUUUAUAAUUCGGUUGUCGGUGGUCAAAUACAACUUGCUCAGAACGCAAUAAUACUUGGAGACUCAGCGUAUCCACUUUCUACGUUUUUGUUGACUCCAUACAGAGAUAACGGUCACCUUACGCGUGAACAAAAGAAAUUUAACUUUUGCCUUAGCUCGACUCGUGUUAUGAUUGAGCAAGCGUUUGGGAUCUUAAAAAAUAAAUUUAGAAUAUUAUAUAGCAUGGACACAGCGAGCCAUAAAAAAAUUUCUAAAAUUGUGUUCGCUUGUACUAUUCUCCAUAAUUUUAUUAUUAAUAACGGAAACCCAUCAGAAUACAUAUCAUCAAAUAAUAAUGUAAUAGAAAACGACGAUUUUUCUAGCACUACAAUAAAUGAACUACCAACGGGCGAAGAUGAAGACGGAGUUACUUUAAGAAAUAACUUAACAACAUUAUUUUCAAGUUAA